ACUUGCCACAAUAACCUCACCCUCUCUUCUUUCUUCACCUUCUACAAUGAAAACAUUAUUAUUUUUAGCAACAUUUCUUGUGGGCCUUUAUCAUUCAUGUGUGUAUGGUGACACAAAGUCCGAAAUCACAUCAUGGUGUAACCAAACACCUCACCCACAACCAUGCCAACACUUCUUGACCACUAACUCGAACCAUGGUCCCAUUAACCAAAAGCUAGACUUUGUAAAAGCCUUAUUAAGGGUCACAUUAGAUCAUGCACAACAUGCAAUGUCACACACUCAAACGCUCGGCUCAAAAUGCCGCAACGAUUAUGAAAAAGCCGCAUUGGCCGACUGCUUAGAGCUUUAUGAAGACACCAUCAUGAACAUAAACAAGACUGUUGAUCCUAACCAUAAGUGUAGCCAGGUUGACACGCAGACGUGGCUCAGCACCGCGCUCACAAACAUGGACACAUGCAAGGCUGGGUUUGAAGAGCUUGGUGUCAACAACAACGUGUGGUCGUUGAUGGGCAACAAUGUGUCGUCUAUGAUUAGUAAUACGUUAGCAAUGAACGAAGGUGGCGAGUCGUUUAACAAUGGUGCACCGAGUCCUCAAAUUUUAGGGUUUCCGUCUUGGGUGAAGCCGGGUGAUAGGAAGUUGUUGCAAUCUAAAACUCCUAAGGCGGAUGUUGUGGUGGAUAAAGGCGGUUCUGGUGACUAUAAGACGAUUGGGGCCGCUAUAGCGGCUGCUGGUAAGCGGUCCGGGAGCAAGAGAUAUGUUAUUCAUGUGAAGGCUGGUGUUUAUAAGGAAUAUGUUGAUAUUGGUUCAAAAGUAAAGAAUAUAAUGCUUGUAGGAGAUGGUAUUGGGAAAACUAUAAUAACCGGUAGUAGAAGUGUUAGAGGAGGCAGCACCACCUAUAAAUCAGCCACUCUUGCUGUGUUGGGAGACGGAUUCAUUUGCCGCGGAAUCACCAUCAAAAACACCGCGGGCCCAAAAAGCCAGGCGGUGGCAGUCCGCAACAAUUCUGACCUUUCGGUUUUCUACCAAUGUAGCUUCGAGGGGUACCAAGACACAUUAUACGUCCACUCAAACCGACAGUUUUAUCGCCAAUGCGACAUCUAUGGCACCAUUGAUUUCAUUUUUGGUAACGCGGCAAGCGUUUUACAAAAUUGCAACAUUUACUCUCGAAAAGGACCUACCAAGACCAACACGUUGACCGCACAAGGACGAUCAGAUAAAAACCAAAACACGGGAAUUUCAAUCCACAACUGUCGUAUCACCGCGGCCCCUAACGACCCAAACAGUGUACCGGCAGUUAGAACAUACCUCGGGCGACCUUGGAGGCAAUACUCGAGGACGGUUGUUAUGAAAUCGAACCUAGAUAACUUAAUAGACCCCGCGGGGUGGAUGUCAUGGGGCGAUGAUAACGCGCUUAAGACAUUGUAUUAUGGCGAGUAUAAGAACACUGGGCCUGGUUCCUCAACAUCGAAACGGGUUGACUGGAAAGGUUAUCAUGUGAUCACAAGCAGCACCGAGGCGACAAAGUUUACCGUUGGGAAGUUUAUUGUUGGAGGUUAUUGGUUGCCGGUAACCAACGUGCCAUUUACUUCCGGUCUUUGAUUGAGUUCAACUGUUUAUAUGGUAUACUUGUUUUUUCUUUUCUU